AUGGGGCCAUCGCCGCCACCUCCAACGGCGUCAGCAUCUUCUGCAGAAGCGCGCCCUAUACCUUUCAAGGCACCGCGGCGCAGCAGCAGCAUGACGCAGAGCGAUCCGGGCGUGCUGAGCGCAUCACUUCCGUCCUCAUCGCUGCGCUCCUUGCCCGCCCGAUACGCCGCCUGGAAGCAAUCUACCCGGGCAUUCCGUGCGAUGCGCCAUGAGGGAAGUAUGCAGGUGACGCCUCCCUCGUCUCCUAUGUCGAUGCAGCCUCAGCCUCAGCCUGCGUUUGAGCCACUGGAUGCCAUGAUACCCGCUGCUCUGCAGCAUGGCGAGCCUUUGCUAAAAGUGACGCAGAACAAAGUAGCGCAGCGAAUGUUUCGCGUCAGCCCCGAAUCAGCAUCGAUCCUAUGGGCCAGCAAGCGCGGAAACUCGGUGCAUCUGUAUGCUAUUCGGGACGUUCGCGUGGGCGCAUCGGCCCGGUCGUAUCGCCAGUCACUGCAAAUUUCCGAUGAGCAUGAAGCACGUUGGAUCUCUAUUAUCUACCAAAAUGAUCGUGCAUACAAGGCUGUACAUAUGAUUGCACUAUCAGACGAAUCUCUUGCGCGGUGGCGCGACACACUGCUCCGCGUCUUGGCCCAGUGGCAGGCCCUGGUCUCUGGCCGCGUGACCGCAUCGCGUGCCCAGUGCGAGUGGCUGCAUGCCUCGUGGGAUUUGGAUCGAGCGCUGGAUGAGCGAUCACUCAUGCAGCUGUGUGAGCGCAUGGGCCUGCAAAUUAGCCGGCCUGAGCUGCGCGCCUUAUUUGUGGAAGCGGACAAGGAGCGGCGUGGUACGCUGCACUUUGAGGCAUUUCAGCAGUUUGUGGCCGCACUCAAGCGACGACCUGACCUAGAGGAGGUGUACCAUCGACUCCAGUCACACGGUCAACUCACACUCGCCACCUUUAUGGCGUUUGUGCGCUUGGAACAGGGCGAGUGGGCAUCCACCGACGAGCAUAUCGCACACAUAUUCCAGCGCUUUCACGUGGACACACCCGAUGGGUUUUGUGCGUACAUGACGUCUCGGCAACAUGGUGCGUACCACGCAGCGUAUUCUGAGCCGACACUCGAUGCGCCUUUGAGCAGCUACUUUAUUUCGUCGAGUCAUAAUACCUAUCUGGAGGGUGGUCAGUGGAAGGGAGACAGCACAGUCGAGGGCUACGUUCGCGCCUUGCUCCGCGGUGCACGAUGCGUGGAACUGGACUGCUGGGACGGGCCAAGUGGCCAGCCCCAAGUCACGCAUGGACAUACGCUCACCAGCCGCGUGCCACUUGACGAUGUCGUUGCGGCCAUUGCGCAGUAUGCCUUUGUAUCCUCGCCCUAUCCUCUUAUUCUGUCGCUCGAAGUACACAAUGACCUUGCUCAGCAGGAGGUGCUUGCCUCCAUUUUACGCACGCAGCUAGGCGAUAUGCUUGUGACGGCGCCGCUCGAGGACGACGUGCCGGGCGUGUUGCCCAGCCCCGAGCAGCUACGGUACCGCAUCCUUGUCAAGUGCAAGGACUAUGAAUGGAUUCACUCACAGACGCCGAACGAAGAGGAUGAGUCGAUGGGCUCGUCUGAAAACGCUGAUUGGGACAGCGACUCGCUCCUAGAGCAGGCGCGGCACUUGGUACGGCUUGCCAGACCGAAACGCACUGGCAAAGUGGCGCGGCCUCUGAGUGGUGAGCUUGUGCGUUUGCUCGUGUACACCAUCGGCGUGCCAUGCCGUGGUCUGAACAAGAAAGAGCAUUACGCGGUCGAGCACAUGUUUUCCCUGUCAGAGCGAUCGGCCGCGCGACUCAUGCGCCAGAGCUACAUGGAUUUGGUCAAACACAAUCUCACGCACCUUACGCGUGUGUACCCGUCCAUGACCAAACUGAGCCGUCUGACCUCCAGCGCCAACUUCCGCCCCGUGGACAUGUGGGCGUCUGGGUGCCAACUGGUGGCCCUGAAUUGGCAAACGCACGACCAAGGCAUGGCCCAGAACCUAGCGAUGUUCGCCAACAGUGUAGGCUACGUGCGCAAACCCGACGCACUGCGUCUGCGCUCGCACGUCAAGAACGACGGGACCCUUUGCGUAUCGUGCGUCCUAACCAUCGUCUCAGCUCAGCAGCUUCCGAAUGUGCGUGCCACGGACGAGGCUCUCUGUCCCUUUGCCACCGUCGCUCUGGACGUGCCACACGAAUGGGGCCGUGAUGCUGUGCGCCUAUCCGUGCCUCUUGAUGCAUCUCCCGUGCGCCAGGUCCGCACACCAACUGUACGCUCAAACGGACUGAUUCCCCUCUUCCAAACGCCAGUGGGUGUCGAGAUACGUAUGCCUGCCGGUGUCGAUACCGCUGCCGUCCUGGCUCAGCGAACACGAAAGGAGCACAUUCUACGCCAGGCAACUCGCGGCCUACUGGACUUGUGUUUCGUGCAUGUACAAUUGUGGGAUGAGCAGGUGAAUGGCGCUGUGCCCCUGGCUACAAAUACGUUCAGUCUUGGCCGCGUAGGGCACGGCUACCGACAUUUGCCCCUGUACGACAUGCAGCUCUCGCCGCUGGUGUACUCGACCUUGUUCAUUCACACGGCCUAUACCCAUAUUACCAUAUAG